AUGGUGUACUACUUCACCUCGAACGUCGUGGAGCCGGCGGGCUUCAUUUACGUCGGCAAGGAUAAGUUUGAGAACGAGGACUUGAUCAAGUAUGGCUGGGAGGAAGAUUUCCACGUCGACAAGCUCUCCAGCGCGCACAUCUACCUGCGCAUGCAGCCCGGCCAGACAUGGGACAACCUGCCUGAGCCGCUGGUCAUGGACCUGGCGCAGCUCACAAAGGCAAACUCAAUAGAGGGGAAUAAAAAGGACAACGUCACCAUCAUCUACACGCCCUGGUCGAAUCUCAAAAAGGACGGAAGCAUGGACGUUGGACAAGUCAAGCGCGUACUCGUCCCCCAUCGCGAAAACCCCAUCGUCAACCGCCUCAACAAGACAAAAGUCGAAAAGAAGCCCGACCUCAAGGCCGAGAGAGAUGAUAUGCUCAAGGAGCUCCGUAAGAAGGAACAGGCCGCGCAGCUGAUCAAGAAAAAAGAAGAACAGCGACAAGCCCAAGAGUGGAAGGAAAAGAAGUGGCAGAAGGAUCAUGCGUACGACGACCUCUUCACCGACGAGAACAUGGCUGCGGCGAGCAACCAGGACCGAGCAGAGGAUUGGGAAGACGACUUUAUGUAG